UAGUAAUCUUAAUCUAACCUUAACCGAACCUUGCAUUGAACUUAAAAGUGGUUAUUACUUACAUUUUGCAUCAGUUCAGUAAAUUAUUAAUUAUUUCUCUUGAAAAUCUUACAGUUACCUAGUCGUGAAAAAUAAGUAUGCUAGGCCUGUCUUACAAUUGAAGUUUUCAUUGAAGUGUCGUAUAGAAUUCCACAUUUUUGUAUAGCCUAGUUGGAAAACAAGCUUAAGUCAAUUGAUGACUUUCUUGCAUCAGAAUAACUUACAGUCUAAUUUAUUCAGGCACAAUGGGAUUAUGUAGGCUACUAUGGGAAAUAUUAUGCACUAUGGCACCAUUAACAGACGUUGAGUGAGGGUUGGAAUGAGGACAAUCAUGUCAGCAGUGGCCUAGCUUCUAUUACUGAUAAAAUGUGGCGAUCAGGAUUUCUGUUUUCAAAGCAAUGGAAUUCUUUAAAACCUCUAAAUCAUUUUUAUGGGAGAAGAAAUGUGUCCUCGAGUGCAUUUGCUUACCAAACGUUAAAUCUUGAAACCCGUCAAAAUGAACAUGAUUUUAAAGAAAAUCAAUCAAUUGAAGGAUUUACUGUCCAACAAAUAUCGCCAAUACCAGAAUUUCAGAUGAGGGCAAUACAUCUUCUUCAUGAUGACACAGGUGCUCAGUAUUUACAUUUAGAUAGGAAUGAUUCUAACAACGCAUUUUCUAUUAAUUUACGAACAACCCCAUUCGAUUCAACUGGUGUUCCACAUAUAUUAGAGCACACAACACUAUGUGGAAGUAAGAAAUAUCCAUGUAGAGAUCCUUUUUUCAAAAUGCUUAAUAGAUCUCUAGCAACAUUCAUGAAUGCAAUGACUGGUCCCGAUUAUACCCUGUACCCUUUCUCAACUCAAAAUCACAAGGAUUUUUAUAAUUUAAUGUCUGUGUAUAUGGAUGCUGUCUUCAACCCCCAGUUAAAAGAAUCUGAUUUUCGUCAAGAAGGUUGGAGAUUAGAACAUGAAAUCGUAAACGAUUCCAGCUCUCCCAUAAUAUUCAAAGGUGUUGUUUUCAAUGAAAUGAAAGGUGCUUUAUCUGAAAAUUCCAAACUGUUUUAUGAACAUUUAAUGAACAAGAUUUUACCAAGCCAUACCUACAGUGUCAUAUCUGGUGGUGACCCAUUGCACAUUCCUCAACUGACCUACAAACAACUAAAAGACUUUCAUGCACGUUAUUAUCAUCCCAGCAAUGCAAGAUUUUACUCAUAUGGUAAUUUUUCACUUAUAAACCAUUUAAAGUUUGUAAAUGAAGCUUAUUUGAAGAACUACGGGAAAGUUGAAACAAGUUAUUCUGAAUUCACAAAAGUACCACAAGAAAAAAGGUGGUCAUCUGAAAAAAGAGAAAGUGUUUUUGGUAAGGUUGAUAAUAUGGCUUCUAAUCCUGAGAAACAGUCCUCUCUUGCUCUAAGCUAUUUGUGCAGUGAUAUAAAAGAUAUCAAUGAAUCAUUUACAAUACAAGUACUGUCUGAGCUGCUGACAUCUGGACCAAAUUCACCUUUUUAUCAGAGUCUCGUGGAACCCAACGUUGGUUCUGGUUUCAGUCCUGUUACUGGGUUUGAAGGACAAACAAGAGACACUUUCUUUUCUGUCGGUUUGCAAGGGCUUAGUACAAAAGAUUUUGAUUGGGUUGUUGAAACCAGUGAAAAGACCAUUGAUAAAGUUAUCAAAGAAGGAUUUGAUCAACGUCGCAUUGAAGCCAUACUACACGAAAUUGAAUUAACUACAAAACAUCAGUCCACAGAUUUUGGAUUACGAUUCCUAUAUGGUUUGACCUCAUUAUGGAAUCAUGAUGGGGACAUUAUCAAAUCGUUAAAAGUUAAUGAUAUUGUUGAUACCUUCAAGAGCAACUUGUCAAAUAAUCCUCAUUAUCUCCAAGAGAAAGUUGAAGAGUAUUUAAAACAGAAUCAUCACAAACUCAUCCUAACAAUGUCUCCGGAUGAGCAAUAUGAUGAAAAGAAAAUUAAGCUUGAAAAUGACCUUCUACAGAACAAAUUGGCUAGCUUGACAUCGGAAAUGAAAAAGACAAUCUUCGAAGAUGGGUUGCGAUUACAAAAGGAGCAAGAAGAGAAGCAAAAUGUUGAUUGUCUGCCUACCUUAAAAUCUGAUGAUUUAAAGAAACAUGUUGAGAAAGAUGAAGUUCAACAAACCGUUGUUUCUGAUAUACCAGUACACAUCAGUUUGCAGCCAACUAAUAGUUUGACUUAUGUUAGAGGAAUCCUAGACACUUCACACAUCGAGAAUGACUUAAAACCUUUCAUUCCCUUAUUUUCAAAAGUAGCCACUAAAAUGGGUACCAAAAGUCAUAACUAUAAAGAAUUUGAUCAACUUGUACAUUUGAAAACUGGAGGAUUAAGCCUAUCUCAUCAUAUUGUCGAAAAGAAAGAUGACCCAAACAGUUUUGAAGACGGAAUAAUGUUUUCUUCCUAUGCUCUUGAUACAAAUGUUGAAUCAAUGUUUUCAAUUUGGAAUGAAAUGUUCAAUGAAGUAAAAUUUGAUGACAAAGGGAGAUUAGAAACAUUAAUGAAAUCAAAUGCUGUCAAUAUGGUAAACAGACUUGCUGAACAGGGACAUUUGUAUGCAAUGAGUGCAUCUGCUGCUUUAGUCAACCCUGCCUCUCUCCGAAGUGAAGAAAUCUCUGGAUUACAGCAUGUAAAAUGGUUUUGUAAUCUUGUUCAACAAAGUCAAUAUGAAAUAAUUCUCUCCAAGUUAGAUUCAAUUGCCAAUAACUUAUUUAGCAAGAGAUUCAUGAGGAUAGCAGUAAAUGCAUCGCCUGAAAGUGAAGUUGCACUGAACUCAACCUUGGACUCUUUUAUUAAGUCAAUUCCAGGUUCUUUUGAAAAGCCUAUCGUCACAGUGGACAAUAAUGGAUAUAUUAAACCAAAUAAAUAUGGUAUUCAUUAUGAGUCUUCCCUUCCUGUAAGCUACACAAGCAAAUCUAUUCAGACUGUUCCAUAUCUACAUAAAGAUUACGCACCUCUUAGGAUUCUCUGCAGAUUACUAUCUUCUAAAUAUCUUCUCCCAACCGUGAGAGAAAAGGGAGGAGCCUAUGGCGCUGGAGCUCGACUUAAUUCAGCCGGCGUGAUAUCUUUCUUCUCUUACAGGGACCCCAACCCUGCAAAAACCUUCAAUGUAUUUGAUGCGUCAUUAGAUUGGUUGAACAAGAAAGAGUUUACAGGUAAAGACAUUGAAGAAGCAAAGCUGGGUACUUUUCAAACUGUGGAUGCACCAGUCCCUCCUGGUGCUCGAGGCACAAGACAGUUUCUGUAUGGAAUCAGCGAUGAAGAAUUUGCAAGACAUCGCCUUGAACUGAUGGCUGUUAAAGAAGAAGAUGUCCUGAGAGUAGCAUCAAAAUACCUUGAUCCAAGCUGCACCAGUUGUGAAGGUAGAGUAUUAUUUGGACCCAAAAACACAGAAGUAUCAAAAAGACAUGGUGAGCAGUGGAAAUUGGAGCAGAUUUAAAGACAUAAUGUUUGUACAUAAUUAAAAAUAACUGAAAGUUGAUAGAUUCUGUACAAAUGAGACUUUUUAUAAAUUUAGGUUUCAUGUACAGUUUGUAAAUACAAUUUUUUUGUUA